GAUACGCGUAAAACUAUUGAGGGAAGCAAUAGCGCAAGGCCAGGACAAGUUGAAGAGCCAGAACUGUUGGAGCGACUGCUACAAGUCAGUGAUGACGAAUCACAUGCUCUGAUCGCCAGCGAAAUCAUACGCGACCGUGAUCAGGAUCCAUGGGAGUUUCUCGUGGAGUACGCUGAUUUUCAAUGGAACGAUUUGGACUUGGGAGGCCAGAAUAAUGUUGAAGAAGCACCCCCUGCCGAAACUGCUGUUGAGGACACGUCGAGAAACGAUGCAACGGACGACAAGCCCAUAACGAAUCGACACCCAGGAGAGGGCGUGACUGAAUGUCGUAUUUGUCUAUGCCCAUUUGAUGACGACGAUACCGACAUAUGGGUAUGCAGAAGUGACCGCUGUAGACAGCCGUACCACCGAACGUGCAUAAUCCAGAGCAUGGAGCACGACCCAAGAUGUGGAAACUGUCGGACGCUUGUCGAGCUUGAUGUUGAAGACGGAGAGGCGAUCAUCGUUAAGCACGUUCCACCUCCCCCGAAGUGCCGCGUCUGCGGUGAUGCAACCACCGGUUUUGUUUUGGAAGGCCCUCAGUGUGAUCACCAGUUUGAUUAUCGUUGUCUCGUGGACUACAAUGCACAGUUCUACGGCUUGACAGCCUUGGGCGAACUCAAGUGCCCUGCGUACGAGUUUCCAUUUCCCGUUGAUGAUUUCUACGACAGUGAAAGUGGAGACAAUAGCGGAGGCGAUGUGAUCGUCGACAAUGCGUUCGAGAACGAAGGGGAUGAGCAAGAUCUUGGGGAAAACGGCCCAGAUCACAACGCGGAAGAAGUAGUUAUGAUCAGCGAUGGUGAGUACCACGAGAUCGAUUUCAACAGCGAGGAGGAUGGCUCGGACGACGACUAUACUCCAGGUGAAGAAUAG